GUGUUUUUACCUGCUGUUCUGCUGAGAAUAUCGGUUCCAGCUUACUUGUCCUGGAAUGGCUUACCGACUGUGUGCACUCAUAAGAAGCCAGACAACGUGUUCACCAUUGAUUAGGCUUACUCUAAAGAAUAGCAGAAGUGAUUUUCGUCUUGUACGCGCCAUGUCAACACGAACAGAGACGGACAGUUUUGGAGAGAUUCAAGUGCCCUCUGAAAAAUACUAUGGCGCACAAACUGCGAGGUCGAAAAUGAACUUUCCUAUUGGAGAUGAGAGUGAACGCAUGCCACCUCCUAUUAUUCGUGCAUUUGGAUACUUGAAGAAGGCUGCAGCUGAAGUAAACAAGGAGUUUGGCUUGGAUAACAGUGUUGCAGAUAAUAUUAUGAAAGCUGCUGAUGAGGUCAUCAGUGGUCAACUAAUGGAUCACUUUCCACUAGUUGUCUGGCAAACAGGAUCAGGAACUCAGUCCAACAUGAAUGUCAAUGAAGUAAUAAGUAAUCGUGCCAUUGAGAUGAUGGGUGGUACAAUGGGAUCCAAGAAACCUGUACAUCCUAACGACCAUGUCAACAAGAGCCAGAGCUCAAAUGAUACAUUCCCUACUGCCAUGCAUGUUGCCUGUGCACUUGAAGUGAACAAUGUGCUUCUGCCAGGCCUGAAGAAACUGCAUGGUGCUAUCAAAGACAAGGCUGAAGAGUUUAAAGAUAUCAUCAAGAUAGGCCGAACACACACACAAGAUGCAACACCACUGACACUUGGCCAGGAGUUUGGAGCAUAUGCAAGACAGGUUGAGAAUGGCAUUGCUCGUGUUGAAGCCACAAUGCCAAGGGUGUAUGAGCUAGCCAUCGGAGGGACAGCUGUAGGAACAGGUCUUAACACUAGGAUUGGAUUUGCUGAAAAAGUAUCUGCCAGGAUAGCAGAAUAUACCAAUUUACCAUUCACAAGCAAUUCCAACAAGUUUGAGGGUCUGGCUGCACAUGAUGCCAUGGUAGAACUCCAUGGAGCUCUCAAUGUAAUAGCUUGUAGUCUCAUGAAGAUUGCAAAUGAUAUAAGGUUCUUGGGGUCAGGACCACGAUGUGGGCUUGGAGAGUUGCAGCUGCCAGAGAAUGAGCCAGGAAGUAGUAUCAUGCCAGGUAAAGUUAACCCAACACAGUGUGAAGCCAUCACCAUGGUUGCAGCUCAAGUUAUGGGCAACCAGACAGCUGUCACAGUAGGAGGAAGCAAUGGCCAUUUUKAAUUAAACGUCUUCAAGCCUAUGAUGGUCAGAAAUGUACUUCAGUCCAUACGACUAAUUGGUGAUGCAUCUGUUGCUUUCACUGACAACUGUGUGGUUGGCAUUAAAGCAGACCGCAAGAGAAUAGAUUCACUUCUCAGAGAAAGUCUAAUGUUGGUAACGGCUUUGAACCCACAUGUUGGAUAUGAUAAUGCAGCUAAGAUUGCAAAGAAAGCACACAAAGAGGGAACAAACCUCAAGAAAGCAGCCAUCAGUCUUGGAAUCCUUACAAGUGAGCAGUUUGACCAAUGGGUUAGACCUGAAGAUAUGUUGGGGCCAAAGUGAAGGGGUAUUAGGACUGGAAAUGUGAUCUGAUGGAAUGGCUGGCAAUAUAAACUUUAUGGAACAUUAAAAGUGUUCAUUUAAUAAUACUAUAGUACUAUUUAACUGUUUUAAGACUGAGCGUUAAAAUAUUGACCUGCUAUGUGGAGAAAUCUAUUUUACAGAAUAAAGAAUAAAUUACAUAUUGAA